UGAACGUUCAGUGGCAUCGAUGGCUCCGUUGUUUGUAUUCGAAACGUGCUCUCCAGUGACGGAUAUUCCGUUGGGACUUUGUUGGCAUUGCAUACUGUUGCAUUAUGUCUAUUCAACUGUGUGCCAGAGAGGCUCAGAUCGAGAGCAGCGUUACUCUGCGCGUACGGUUGAGAUUUCACGAUAGAAUUGUUCUGGGUUGAUAGACAAUCAUUACCUUCCGAGACAUUAUAUGACGAAUUUGAACCUUGGUGGAUCGGCAAUUGGUUUUCAACGCGGGGCUGUGCUGUUUGCUGUUCGCCAUGUGAUACCCUGCAAUGUUGAUCAAGUGCGUUAGGCCCCAAGACUAAACCGCUAGAUUGAACUUCCAUGUGUUCAUCAAACAACUGCUGUGGGUGUAAGUCUGCUGCUGAACAAGACUGAGCAAAACCAUAACUGAGACUCUGUAUACACGAUUCGUUACCGACAAUUGAAUAUUGAAAUGGACAUCGUAGCGAGUGAGACCACCGCAAACGACAUCGAUGGCGACGGCUUGAAAGACGUUAAGACGAAGACGAGCACGAAUAUCGGAUGGCAGCAGGACGCAAAUUUGGGACCUCCGUCCACGUGGACUAAUGCGAUUCCCGCUGAGGACGCGGACAUCGCGAGCCAUUAUCACGCGUUGCAAUACCAUCUUUUUGAGCUUGGGUAUCCCGAGACCGUGGAUCGCACCCGCGCCCCUCAGACCGCCAAGGACGCGCCCAGAGAGAAGGCGGUGGUGGCCGUGCUACAUCGGACCGGGAAAACCACGUCGAUAUGCCUGGAAGGUGGUCGUCAGGCGCCCGGCACAAUGUACAUGAUCCUAUCGUCGUCGUGGCUCUCCAAGGUCCCCUCUAGUAUCCACCGGGGCCUUUAUACCCUAUACGUGCACAAGGCCGUCACGUUUUUCGCAGGCGGCGCAACUUACCUUGACGAAUUCGAGCCGCCGAGGCAAGUGACGUAUCUCGUGAAUUAUUUUACUCAUGCGGCCACUGGCGGACAGAGAAACGACGGACAUACUAUUGAGGCAAAUUUGGAUUGUCCAAUGAGCAGUUCGUAUGACCUCCGUGACGUCAUCAAUGACCGGCUCUGGUCACGAAGUGUCCUGUAUUCCGUUGGCAUAGCAACGCCCGAGACGCUCGCGUUCUGUUACAGACCGAAACACAGUCUGGUUGCUGUGCCUGCCAAUGCCGUCAUCCACGAGUACGUAAGGAACACCAGUUCGGAUUUUGUGGCGAAAGAAGUCUCAAAAUUCCUGCAAGAGUUGUCCAAUAACAACCGCAAAAGGAUUUUCAUAAGAUCGUCCAAACGAACACAGAUGGGAAGCUCGGACGCCUCGGUUUUUAGCAUUGAAGACCGGUCCUGUAUUGUGGACGCGGUGCUGAAAAUGCUGAACGAGCUUCAAGACUCAAACUCCGUUCUCCUGGAGGCUUACAUCGACCAUCUGAUCGACGGAAAGACCGAGGACUCGAAGUACCUGUGGGUCGCGCCCAGCGCGGAUUUCGGCGUAAAAUGUCGAGCGAUCGUCUGCAGAGAUUUUGACAACACACCCGUCUGCACGCCGCCGAUCUGCAGUAUGUUCAACAAACACAUCGACAUCAGAGGUGCUGAGACGGUACCUAUGUCCCUCGAAACCGUGCUGAAAACGUUGAACAUUGUCGACGAAACGUUUAUCUCGGAAUUCCAGACUAAAAUGCGUGCGCACGCAGAGGCGGCGCUUCAGUCAAUCAUGGACCGCGAGAGUAAGCGGUCAGACGAGGAGAGAGUGGAGCCACGUGCGCAAACGGACCUCAUUGGCAUCGAAUACGUUCUUACGGAGUGUAACGGCAAAGUGACGGCAGUAGCGGUGAAUAUGGAUACGCACAAGUACAUCGGUUACGCUGCAGUGCGCGAUAAUUUCGCAUCAUUCGCGGACGGAAUGGUUGUAGAACAAAACAGAACUGUGCAACCAGUGGAAAAAAAUCUGAAGACAGCCGGAAACGAUAUCAGCGAUAAAGAUAUGGCCGUCUUGAAAGUUUCUCAUCCAAACAAAUUCGAGUGUGGUGGUUUGGACGGUAUGUCCGUUCGCCCGUUUGUGCGGACCGCUCUGAUCAGAUCUCAGUAUUUCCUUAUGUCGGGGAAGACAAUACUGGCGUUAGAUGCGGGCGGAUUUCACAAGAGGAGAAUAUGGAGGAUGGCGAAGAAAAGUGGUAUAAAUCUGGUUAUGGUGGAUCCGGACCCAAACCACAGCAACAAGGACCUAAUGCACGUCUUAAUCCAAUACGAUGACAAAGGCGACCACGCAAACGACAGGCAACAUGCGACCGAGAUCGUCAGCCUCCUGAAGCAGCGAGACCUCCAGGUGGACGGCUGCCUUACGUUCUGGGAGGACGCGGUGCCAUUGGCCGCCAUGGUGCGUGAGAUCCUGGGAGCGCGAGGCGCCUGCGUGGAGGGAGCCCUUAACGCUAAAAAGAAAAGUCGAACGCAGUCGACAGUGUAUAAGAAGGAUACACCAGUCUCCCACUUGGUGAAGACCUGCCAGUUUUCCUCGCCCAGCUUCCUCAUCCGGGAACCCGCCGACAUCGACGCCAUCUGCAACCAGGUGAGCUACCCACUUAUGCUGAAGCUAGAGCACGGAAACAGCGCAAUCGGCGCGACGCUCGUGACGAGCGCCGAGGAGCUAAGGAAGCAACAUCGCGCCACCAUCGACUGCUUCCAAACGGAGGCCGACCACCCUGCGAUAGGACUGGGGUUCGGGCCGGAAACGCUCGUCAUGGAGUUCUACGGGGGCACAGAGCAUGACGUAGACGUGGUCAUCUACGGGAACAAGCUCGUUGGGGCGUUCAUUUCCGACAACGGACCCACUAACUUCCCCUCUUUCAGGGAAACUGCUGCCACUAUGCCGUCAUUGCUGCCGCCGGACCGCCAGGCACAGCUGAUUGUGGCCGCCUUCAAGUGCUGCGUAGACAUCGGCCUCUCCGACGGCGUCUUCAACGUCGAAAUGAAGAUGACGGCCCGUGGACCAAAACUCAUCGAGAUCAACGGUCGGAUGGCUGGUUUUUAUCUGCGCAAGUGGAUCAGGCGCCUGCACGGCGUCGACCUCGCGAUGUGCGCGUUCAUGAUCUCGUGCGACAUUAAACCGUUCGUGCCAAAGUUCCAGCCGUACGAGCGCCUCAUGGGAGUAAUGUUACUUCCGUCUCUUCACAGCCAUCUUGUAAACGACAGCCACUUCCGUGAACGUAUAAAAUGCCUUCAAGAUAACGGCGAGGUGUUGUUCCACAUGUUCCAGGAAGACAACAUGGAGGUGGAGGAAGACGAGAUGCCGUACGGAAGCUUAGGUGUUUCUGGCACCGACCCCGACGUCUGCCGCGAAAAGUUGUUAGCUCUUUGCAACGAGUUGGGGAUCGAGAGCGACACCUACAAUGUCUCAAGCUUCGUCCGCUAUUUCCGGUAUUAACCAACAUUUAGUUUAGAUCUCAGGAAGUGUAUGUUGAGAUUUUAAAGGUUCAUUAUUAUGCUUAUGUUUUUGAAAUGUAGACUUUUCAUAGAUGAAAUCAGGGAUGUAUAAUGUACAAUGGUAAUCAAUGCAUGCAACGUUGAAAUUUAUCAUGAAGCACAGCAAGGUGCAUAUCUUUUUGUAUGUACACCGGCGAGUAUAUCCUAUUAGUUGUAUAAUGCAAGAAGUGUUAAAAGCAAGAUACUCAUAUUUGUACGAGGUUAUGAAUCAACAUAAAGAAAACUAAACAUUUAUAAGUGUGCAUGAUAUUAAUACGUAUUUUGUUAUUUACAAACAUUGUAUCAGAAUCUCAGUAGUGCCUUAAAUGAUAAAAAGUCGUGAAUUUCAUAAUCAUGUAUUCUGGUAUGAGCCUCGUUCGGGGAAAAAGUUGCUUAAUCGAGUGCAUACAAUUCCAUCCAAAAUUAGCCAGUGUAGUUUCCACAGGCUUAUCAGGUACCACACUUUCCGCAGUUACUGGAUUUUCGUUACAAAUAGACUUCCUAUUAUUGGAAAAUUCCAUCAAAGCGGAAAGUGUCGUCCCUGAUAAGCUUUCUCAGGGACUAAUGACGCAAUUAUGUAAAUAUUUACUCUAUGUACUGUCUUUACUUCUCUAAGUUUUACUAGCUCAACAAAAUUGUGCAGUUUUAAGUAAUCCAUAUAAAACAUUCACAUUUACGUAAUGAUGUAAUAUAUCUUAACAUAUAUAGGAUCUGGCACUCGUUGUCAUAUCAUACCUUAUUUUAUUAAACGAGUUUAGGAAUUUUGUUGGUAAGCGAGCCUUUAUAUUUUAUAGUCGGUUCAAAACCUCACAUUACCUUAUGUUGUAUAUGUUGCUGUCUUGCCGACUUUAAAUAAAACUUAUCUUAUCUUAAACAUAAUUAUACAUCCCGAAUGUUGUUUACAUUUCGUGACGUCAUUUCACGUUGCAACGUCAUUUCAGCAAAAUAACAAAAUGCGAAAACUAAGCCAAUGAAAACGCUUAAAAAGUAUGUUACACAUGUGUUCGAUAAAACUAUAUUACUUGGGGAAAAGGGUAUGGCAUGUGAUAAAAUACAUUAUGUCAUGCAUGGUAUAAUAUUUGUAUUUUAUUUACUGCAAGUAAAUGCAAGUGUACUUUAUAAUUCAAAUAUAAACAUAAUAGUUUA